AGCAACGCCAGCAACUUCUGGUAACUUUUUCUCAAAUGCUCAAAAGCUCACUCCAAACUCCACUCCGUCUUAACACAACCUCCUUUUCAUCGCGCUCGUCGCUCGCAAAACCAGUUACUACACGCGUCUACCUCAUUACGCGGAGUUUCCAAAGCAGUCGUACUGUAUCGUUGCCGCAGGGUCCGAAGAAGAUGGAAGGAUACAAGAAAGUGGGAAACAGGGAGGAUGCGCCGCCAAAGCAUGAAAUGGUUUAUUUCCCCGGUUUAAUGAGCGAGAAGCGGAGUUUUGGGGACUUUAGAACGGUGUUGCAUACGGGGCUUUACAGUUAGUUUUUUCUUCUUCUUCUCCCCUUACCAUAUUUAUUCCCUUCCUUGGAAAAAGAUAGUUGAGAUGCUAACACACGCAAUAACAACAACCAGGCCAAAUUGUCGCCAUGGAAGUUCCCGUAAAUGGGGAAAUUGGCGAUGAAGUACACCUGGUCGAUCAGAUUCUACUGUUCACUUCUGGGCGGGGACUAGCGACUGUGGCGGGGAAAGAGCAAGAGGUAGCAGCGGGAGAUGUGGUUGUUGUGCCUGCGGGGACGCAGCAUCAGUUUGUGACCAGAGGGGAGCAACCGCUAGAGUUGAUUACGGUGUAUUCACCUGCAGAGCAUUUACCGAGUAGUGUGCAUAAGAAUAAGGAGGAGGGGGAUAAGGCGGAGGAGGAUGGGAUAGAUGAGGCGCCUGGGUGGGCGUUGAGGGGGAAAAAGGAGAAUGAGAAGGAGGGGUUGGUUAAGGAAAGUGGAAAGUAUUAGGGUAGGUGUUGAGUUGGACUAAUUAGAUGGAUUUGGUUAAUGAGAGAUGCGUGUGGCUC